AUGGAGCACUCCCCCUCUAUGAACUUGUCAGUGCUGGACAGACAGGACGUGGAGGACCAGCGCCCCCUCCUCCCGCCCAGGGGGCUUCCUCCACUUCAGGCCUGCUCUCCUCAGUGCGGGAUACACCACACAGUCCAACCAUCCGCCGAUCACAUCGUGUGGCUGGACAGAACUCAGGCCAUGGCCACCACACCUUUAUACAACGGACACCUUUACGUCACACCUUCACCUCGCUCUAACAGGAAGGGACACAAAGGCAAAGAGAAGAAAUGCGUGAAAGGUUCAGGGGGUAGUAGACAAAAUCCAGCACACAAGGAGUGCAAUCACCAGUGCAGAGCCAAAAUCGCAAGAUCUUACACACUGCAGGAGAAAGUCACCUCUUUCUCUGACGUCCCCGUUUCUCCCUGCGGGUCACCCCUUCCGAGCCCCUGCAGGUCACACUUAGACGUCAAGGAAGUUGAGGGCAGAGGUCGCCUCAACUCGGGCAACGUUUCUUUGGAGAUGCACGACCACCACAGUCUCCCAGAGAUCAUUAUCACCAGCAAAGAUGACGACUUCCAGCCACACAAUGAGACGUUCCAGCAUCGCCGGGACCCGACUGAGGCCACAGGCCUGCUGCCAGGAGCCGAAUGUCCCGUUACGGACCCCGAUACCAUUUCCCAGACCAGCCCAAACCACAAAGAGGACGGCAAAGACGACUCGUACUGGAAGACCCACAACAUCGGCUGGCGGCUGGUCCACAGGAGGGCUCUGUUUUUAAGGAGGCAGCGGCUGAACGACUGCGCCCUGGCAGUGGGGUUAUUUGGGAUGGUGAUGAUGGUGAUGGAGACUGAACUCUCCUGGAGCGUCUACAGCAAGAGCUCCGUCUACUCCCUCGCACUCAAGUCCGUCAUCAGUUUUUCUACGAUCAUCCUGCUGGGCCUCAUUAUCGCGUACCACUGCUGUGAGAUACAGCUCUACGUUCACGAUAUCGGUGCAGAGGAUUGGUGGAUUGCCAUGACGACCGACCGUCUGGCUCUGGUAUCCCUGGAGCUGGCAGUGGUGGUCAUUCAUCCCUACCCGGUGGGUCUGAUGGCGUACUUCCAACAGACCUUCCAGCACACCCCGACUCGCCUGUUGCUGUCGGAGACGGAGCUGGAGAUCAUCCUGGCUCUGCCCAUGUUCCUCAGGCUCUACCUGCUGGGCCGCGCCAUGAUGCUGCACCAUCGCCUGUUCACUGACACCGCAUCUCGCAGCAUCGGAGCGCUCAACAAGAUACACUUCAACACCCGGUUUGUGGGGAAAACUCUAAUGACCACCUACCCCGGGACCGUGCUGAUGAUUUUCAGCGUCUCUCUGUGGAUAGUGGCAGCGUGGGGCUUACAUGUCUGUGAGAGACACCACAACUACAGGGACCUGAGCAGCAACUACAUGGAGGCGCUGUGGAUGGUCUCUGUCACCUUCUUGUCCAUCGGUUACGGAGACGUGGUGCCUCACACCUACUGUGGUCGCAGCAUCUGCCUCCUCACUGGGAUAAUGGGAGCUGGCUGCACAGUCCUGGUGGUGGCGGUGGUUGCCAGGAAGCUGGAGUUGACCAGAGCAGAGAAACAUGUUCACAACUUCAUGAUGGACUCCCACAUCACCAAGGGGAUAAAAAUUGCUGCAGCAAAUGUGCUGAGAGAGACUUGGCUUAUCUACAAACACACUAAGCUGUCAAGAGAAAGAGACAACACCAGAGUUCGCAUGCACCAGCGGAAGCUGCUUCUGGCCAUCCACCAGCUGCGGCGUGUGAAGAUAGAGAAGAGGAUUCUUGCAGACCAGGGAAACACACUUGUGGACCUCUGUAAGGUGAGAGAGAUGCAAACCAUGAUGUAUGACGUGCUGUCGGAGGUGCAGGGCUGCAGGGGGGAGCUGGACACACACAUCCACAGCCUGGAGAAGCACGUGGAGGAGCUGAGGGAGGGCUUCAGGAGCCUGAUGCCGCUCCUGUCCAGGACCCUGUCUACGCAGAACUCCUCCAUCCGCCACCUGCUCAGGGAGAGGGAGGUGAAGACGGAGGCUGCUGGUGCAAGUGUGGAUCGGUGAAGAAGAGGGACAUCUGCCUAUAAAGCAGCUAAAAUAAUCAUGGGACAUUUUUCUUAGUCGUGAAAAUUAAGGAUGUACAGAACUACGUAAAAAAUAGUAUUUAGCAGAAAUACCAUCAAACCAAAAUGUAGAAAUUAGUCUUAAUAGACUUGUUUUUUUUUUUAGUCUUACAUUGUAAUAAAUUGAGCAUUUUGGGGUUUUGGACAGUUAAAUAAAGAUCAAACUUGUGGGCUUUUCUGUUCUCUGAUGUUUUAUAGAUCAAGUGAUGAUGGAUUUAUGGAGGAAACGAUUAUGAAAAUAAUUUAAGUCUCAGUCCAA